GCGCGCGAAUGAGGCUCCUUUCACAAGUGCCUACGGAUUGUGUCCAAGCAGAUAGAGACAAGGGUGGAUGCCAGGAUUUCAGUGUGUCUUCCAAUUGAGGUUCUGAACAUAUCACUGUAGUUCCGUGGACGAAAAACCGAGGGGGUAACGAGGCUUACGUGAGCGAGUUUAUUGCUAUACACAUGUCAGCGUCGCCGGCGGGCGCGCGACCCCUGGUUCCGUAGUCGACUGAAGUAUCUGUUGCACUUUGAAAAUCACGGCGAUACAAGCAUGCGUGGGGUUCGACCUAGCUGUUUCACAGACUGUCUGCACAAACCAUGCUUCUGCUUGGCGACCAAUGGAGGCGCCCCCGGCCUCCGCGUGUCUCAUGCGCCGGGCGGGCUCCAUCAACAAGCGCCGUUUCGAGGGGCAAAUCUCGAUGGUUUUGGCGGUAAACAGCAGACAGCAUCGCGGUCUGUUUGCUCACGAUGUGGCGCCCCUUUCGAUCGCCCGUACCUGACACAACGGGACUCUCCGUGUCUACCGAGGAACACCCGCACACGGCCCAACGUAGCGCGUUCGCAAGGUGUCGAGGACUGCGUUUCCUCGCGAGUGGGCUUUCACGGAAACGCGGAUUUACCUCCAUCCAUGACAACCUGCGGCUUCGCACACUUCCCUUCGGGAAUAAUCUCUUUCCCCACGUCUUCUGCGGCCUCGAUUCGACAGUCUAACGAACUGUCGAAGUGCUCCUUCACGGAUCCUGACUCUGUCUGUAUCCCCGCCCAGCACCACGGGUCUCCAACCCACUGGGACGGCCCUCACCGCUUUCUUUUCCGCCGUCGCCUCACCACACUUGCCUCCACGUUGUCGCUGUCUCGUUCUGCCAGGAAAGUGCCCGUUUGUGGAACUUCCCAGCUCUCCCCUCGAGAGUUUCGGCGCCAGUCGCUGAAGCUGCAAAGACAAGGCGAGUUGUUUGGGUAUUUCGCCGGGCUCCCGUAUGUCUCUUGGCGUUCGCUCCUGCGCGUGCUUCACCUUCUCGUGACGAAACCUUUUUUCAGAGGCCAGGACCUUCUCGCCCUUCCCGUCGUGUGCAAGCGUCUGGGCGUCUCAGACUUUCGGGUUGUUGACCGCCUUCUUGCUGGGGCAGUUGUGCGUCCGUCGAUGAAUUUCGCUUCGCCCUUCAGCGACUCUUCAGAUGGACAGGUGACAGAGGAAGACCGCAGCUGUCUCCGGACCGGAGAUACUUCCACAAAACCCGACCCGGCGUAUCGCGCGCAUGCACCCACGGCGGCGCGAGUUGCACUGAAAAAACGGCCGCCUUUUUCUCUCUUUGUCGCUUCCUUGGACGACUGGCCAGUGCAACACCACCCACACCAUAUGCAUGCAGUUCAGAGACUACUUGCCGCGAUUUGCGCGAACCUGCACAACUACACGACUCCAGACUUGCUGCUUCUUUUUGAUGGUCUGACGGCUCUUGGAACACCCCAGGGAGGCGACGGCUCUGAGGUGGCUCUCCCCAAGUUGAAGCGAGGCCUUGGACAGAUGCCAGUUGAAGCCCUUGAGGAAUUUGAAGUCACCCUCGGCCUCUUGCUGUUGCAGAUUCGCGCUCGACUGAGAGAAGGCGAAAGCGCUGGGGGUACAGGGAAGGACGGAGAGAGUUUUUUUUCCUCUAGAAACGUCCUCAAGGCGUACGAGAUUGUCAGCCGAGUGGCAGGGGUCCCGCCAGAAUGCUGGACUUCUCCGUUUUUCGCUGGUGCUCGUGUGCGGGCGAAUGCCGGUGCAGGUGGUGUGCUUCCGUCGUCAGCAGAGCCGACGGAGGGUCAGCUGACUGUACAGAAGCAUGCGCUUGCAAAGUUCCUUAACACUUCCCCGGCGGCCAGAGUUGGAGGGGCAGGGGAAACAAACGACGACUUUACAUGUUCCCCCGCACACGCCGUAGAAGACCUGCUCUGCCUCUUGGGAUCAAGAAUCCUAGCUGAUGAUGUCGCUAACGAAGCGCUUCUAGCGAACGUCGCAUGCUCCGUUUCCACUGUUGCACUGGAUACCAUUUCUCUUGUGCAGGCUUCUUCAAUUGUUGCGGGUUCUCACUCUCGCCGAUCCCCCGCCUACUUGGCGCUUGCAUACAUGCGCCUCGCCGAGCGGCAACCACCGCGUCCCACAGCGGCAGCGAUGGCCCAGGAGAUUUUAAAGCGCGUUGCAUCCAUGAAACUUCCAGUUGAGAAGGACGGCAAAACCCACUGGUACACUGUCAGAGAGUUGCUACCUUCGUCCGGGAUCCCGACAGAAGCUAGACACGCGCUUAUCACAGCGUUGAGUUUGGCUCCUCCGUCCGUCCUUCCGGCUUUUGCAGGGGCUGUGUGGCGCGAGUUGGAGGCGGGCUUCAAGGGAGAAAGACAGUCUGGUGUGGCAGCGUCCAAUGACCACAGAACUGGAUCCUUCAGAGAGUUGUCUUCGCCCCCCUCGGAUGGACCAUCAGCGUUGUCGGAGGCAACUUUGGUGGCGGCGCUGCCACUGUUCAGUCGUUGCGCGAUCUUGGCUGUGACCAUCCCUCGUGAAUGCCGGGAUACGAGAGAGGAACUGGAAUGCACCACUGGUUUCAGUUCACAGGGGCGGGCGAGAGGGCGAGAGUGGCAUUCAGUGGACAACGUUUCUUCACCGCAUUCGGACGCAAAGGGCGUGAUGUGUACGCGGGCGCCAAACGGAUUGCUGUGGCUCCGCCGACUGUCUAGCGUGGUUGAAUUGGCACUGAAGAGACAGAUGGAACGAAUGCAGAGGGAUUGUUCUUCGACGCGGGACAGUUCGUCUCCCGGAGAGCCGCAGACCUUGCCAACAGGUCGUGUGUGUGGCGCAGGCUGGAGGGAAGACCCAGUUCCAGGUCUUGAGAGUGCCGUGGAAGUAUUUUGUGCCGCCGAUGUCGGCGCCCGUUUGACGAAAAGUCUCAAGAGCAGCUUGUUCUGGAGCCGAAGGUCCUGGAAGCGGUCGUCGCUCAGCGGUCAGAGAAGGCAAGGGAAGGCUUUACGCUGGCCAGCGGCAUGGCUGUCUGCAACGAGUCUUGAGAGGGGAGUGGUAAAGAAGCGUCUUCUGGACAGUUUCCAGUGGAAGCGAGAAACUGUGUUUCGCAUUCUCACCUCGGUUCACCGUCGAUUCGUGCUCUCCCGUCGCCUUGCUGAGCUGCAGCUGCGGCAGGCUACCUUCGAGGCGGGACCGCUUCUUUCUGACGCAUCCCUUGCGCGCCUAACUGCGCUGACGAGCCCCACGCGUUCCAGUGAAGGAGAAAUUGUGAGUUGUAGCAGUGGACAGCCACACACAUCGGACCCGGGUGUCUCUGUCGGCGAGCGCAGGCGCAACAAGCGCUCCCAGCUCUUCCGCAGUGAACGACAGUCGAUUCAUGACUGGCUUGUUCCCCAUGUGAUUCGUGUUUGUCCCUUGCACAUGUCCGCGCUCUACUUCCAGCUGCUGGUCAACGAGCUCGCGACGAGUUGUUGGCGCAGAGCGUGUGGGAGCGUGGAUGCGAGAGGCUACGGGGGGAAGGCCGCUUCUGUCCGCAGUGAGUCACGCUGUGUAAAGGAGUCGCGGGAGGCAGAUUCGUCAGGGAGCGACGGCGCUCGUGCGACCUGGCAGGGUGCACAAAGCGUGGACAGCGAUAGCGCAAAAAGGUCGGCGCUGUCAAGAACGAAUGCCCCUGUAGGGGACAGACUGCUCCUGCAUGCGUUGCGUAUAGCAGACCACGUACGACAACGACUCGAUGGGAUCCGGCGUCAGCUGGCGAGGCAGUGUCGUCUUUCUGCAGCGCAGCAAGAAAGGGUCCUCAUCUCACUGCCUCAGUUUCAGCAAUACAAUAAAGAGCUGGUGCUUCGCGACAGACACUUAGACUUCAGUCCCUUUGGGAAACUCUUCAAUUUGCGAGAGCCGGCGUGCGGGGUUCGAACGAGCCGCGAUGUCCUUGCGUUGGUCAAAGUGACAAACCAACACGUCAGCCGCGCUAUGGCGUCUGUUGCCACCCUCCAGUCUUCCGUGCAGCUUUGGCUAAGCGAGCUCCAGGAAGUCGGGAGGACAGGACGGGGAGCGGGACGUGUGGGAUCUGCCAACGACGGUGAAGAGGCCCAUCUGAGCGGUGAGAAAGGCGCGCCUAGCAGGGGACGAAGUAGAGGUUCUCCAGAGAUGGAGAGAGUGGAUAUUCGGAACGGACUGCGGAACUACUGCCGCGAAUUGCAAGAGGUGACGGAGGCUCUCGCCCGUAGCUCGCGCAGAUGCCUGUACACGGCGAUUGUUCAGAUACCAUUGCGACGAAAGACUUGGGUAGGGCCCUGCCAGGGAGAAGUGGAGUGGGCGACCCAACAAGCCCUUGCGAUAAUGGAAGCGGAUGGGGCCAGGGAUAGAAGCGGGGUUUCGAGGUUGCUGGAGGCCACUGAAAACGAGGAAGGAAGGUUGCCGAGCGCUGCGGGGACAGGUGCGGUCCAAACGCUUGCUUCGGAACUAGCUGCUGGGUCGGGGGUACGAGGCUGCAAGGAAAAGCCAAACGGCGUGGGAGCUGCAGACGGAAAAUCCACCCUAUCCAGAAUGGCGGAGAUGAACGCGAUUAUUCAGUGUAUGCAACCGGAAAGAGGCAUCGUGGCGUGGGAACUGCGAAACCCCCCUCGUGUUGUGACAGCAAGGGGAAGAGGCCUCCGCGGACACCAUCAGGGUCGUUGGCGCGAGGGAGUAGAGCACCGGCUUGGGGAGAACGCACAUGAUAGGUCUGGCGGGAUUCCCGGCAUGUUUGCGCGUCUUCGUAUUCUGAAGAAGUCAGAUGCUGCAGAGUCCCGGAGAGAAAACAGCAAUGAAGAACACGCUGGGCAUACCUUGCAGAGCAGCGUGAACGGAGAGAGUGAGACAAUUACAGCCACCGUGGCGGGAAAAAAGGAACGUUUUAUGGUUCAGGUCGGUGCUACUUAGACUGGUGUUCUUAGCCGUAUAACCAGAGAGUUUCCAACACGGGAAGGAUAGUGACUGCGUUCCAGCGACAGGCAUAGUGACUUCUGAUCACUCAGUGUUCAGUUGCCGUCUCGUUUGGUGCUGGGAGAGUUUCUUUUCAAAGAAAGGAUCGGGCCAUAAAAGUGCGCAGCUGGUGAAAUCCAACCAAGCGCUGAAUAAAGGACCGUCAGGGGUGCCUGCAGAUCAGACUGUCUUUUCCCCCAUUGUCCUGUGCAACGGUCACAUAUGCUAUAGACACCGAGUUUAGUCAACAAAAGGUUAAGUACUUUCGGUGGUGUGUUCCAAGGUUGCAAAACCCCGACGGAACCCCCGACACUACACCCAGUUGAUUCUCCAUAAUUUCUGUGAUGCGCACUCUGCGGCUGGUGAACCAGGAAUACGAAUGCAUCGGUCAUUGUGCGCAUGUCAAGAGACUGAGCGAUGACUAGAGGCAGUCUCGUGAGGGACUCAUUCGGUGCUGAACUCCCGCUGCACAGCCGGAGGAAUGAAACUGUCUCCUAUCACCGUUAAUCUACAGUAGUACGC